AUGCUUCAUAGGAAGAACACCGUCAUCACUCUCCACGAGUGGCUGAUGAGAAGUAGCUUCGAAAAUAGGGGGACCAUCCUACCGGCGAUUUUUAACUUGUCAGGACUCCUCGAGAGGGGGUUCGCCUAUCACAUGCCUAUCACCAACGCGGGCUGGGAAUGUUCUCACAUUCUGGGUGGAUCCCUACCCCACCCCUUCUGCCGCCACCGUCGCCACCUCACCCAUCCUUCCUCCACACCCACCCCCCCCUCCUGGCUUGAGUGCCUGUCACUAUCACCGUCGUGGCAGACAGGGAAGUCGGGCGAGUCGUCGACUGUCAGGGCCUCGAGAAUGAACAUCUGGCGUUGUUGA